CUCACUGUCCUGUGAGGCGGUGCCACCGUGUGAAGAAAUCCCGGCUCGGCGUCACCCGGCGCCACCAAAAAAAGCCCCUCUUCGUGGAAGAAUCGAGAGAGCGCUCGACUGGAACUCGUUUUACCUUCUUCUCGUCUUCCCUCUUCAUAUGCUUUCUGGGUGGAAUCCAUGGCGGGGGUUUCUGGAAAGCCCGACCGGGAUCGCUCUCUGGAGUUUCAAGGAUUCCUGAAUGACCUAGAAGGGUGGGAUUACUUGCUUAAGGAUAAAGGUGGGAAAAUGAAGGGUCAAUCCCAUGAAAGCAACAAACCGGGAUCCUUGAGGAAUGCUGGAAAGGUCAAUGAAGAUAAGGGACCUUUGAAAAAGGUUCCUUCAGUUGAAGUUAAAAGUAAAACUAAUGUUGUUUCAGAAGGUUCUUCUAGAAAAAUUGAUGAACGAUACAACUAUUUGAAAUACUCAGAUGCAAUGAGCCGUAUGCGUAGCAGCUUCUACAGCGAGGAAAAAUUGCCUGAUGCGGCUUCAGAAAAAGAGCUUGGCAAUGAGUAUUUUAAGCAAAAAAAGUUCCCUGAAGCAAUUGAGUGUUACUCAAGAAGCAUUGCUUUAUCCCCCACAUCAGUUGCUUUUGCAAAUAGAGCUAUGGCAUAUCUCAAACUGAAAAGAUUUGAAGAGGCUGAGAACGACUGCACUGAGGCCUUAAAUUUAGAUGAUCGCUAUGUUAAAGCAUACUCACGUCGAGCUACAGCCAGGAAGGAACUUGGAAAACUUAAAGCAUCCAUGGAAGAUUCUGAGUUUGCUAUGAGACUAGAGCCUAAUAAUCAAGAGCUCAAGAAGCAGUAUACUGAGACAAAGGCAUUGUAUGAGAAGGAAAUUGAUAAGAAAAUUUCUGGACCCUUAAAAAAAUCUUUUCAAGGAAUUGAAGGAGUGAGUAAUUCAGAGAUGGGAACAAAAAAUGCUCGUGGUGAUCAUUUAGUCUCGAGUAAUUCUCAAAAUGCAGCAGCGACUGCGCAUGGAGCGCAAAGUAAGAAAGAUCAAGAUGUUGGCCGCAAACAUGUGCUGAAAGCAUCGAUGCAGGAUCUUGCAUCUCGCGCUGCUUCUCGAGUGAUGGCCACUGCUGGAAAAAGUAUUGCAGCACCAAAGACUGCUUAUGAGUUUGAGGUUUCGUGGAGGGCACUUUCUGAUGAUUGUGCUCUGCAAACUCAGUUGCUGAAGUCAAUCCCACCACCGGCUCUACCACAGAUAUUUAAAAAUGCACUAUCUGUUCCAAUUCUGAUUGAUAUCAUCAAGUGCACCACCACAUUUUUCAAGGAAGACACUGAAUUGGCUGUUAACAUUUUAGAUAAUUUGGCCAAAGUUCCUCGAUUUGACAUGAUGGUCAUGUGCCUUUCAUCUGCGGAUCGUUCUGAACUCCAGCAGAUAUGGGAGGAAGUAUUCUCUAGCAAGGACAUUGCAGCGAAUUACAUCGAAACACUCAGUCGACUUCGUUCGAGAUACUGCAAUGGAAAAUGACAGGAUGACAUACUUGGAUCAAAUGUUUGGCCUGAAGAGAAGUGAUUCUAUGAGUUUGUGCCAAUAGAAUCCAAUUCGAAAGGAAGAAAUGGCAUGCGGAUACUUGUUAAUGCUAUAUUGUUUUAUUGAGAGGGUCAAUGUUGUAUUCUUCAAUUUGCAUGCGAAGUCGUUCUCUUGAAUCAACAAUGCUCCUUUGUUUAAUCUAUCAUUCUUAACCAUGUUGUAUAGUAUUCCUGUCAUGUGCUGAUAUAAUGAAAGACUUUAUGCAUGCAACCCUACAUUACAUCCAA